AUGGGUUGUGAUUUAUGUCAUAAGUCAGAGACAGUAAUAGAGAAGCCGAUCACGGACUUGGUCAGAAAGUUGAAAAGUGUGAAACAAGAGCGCGCAAGAAGAGGCCGUCAGUGGGAUCGUGCAACGGAAAAGCACGCUAGAAUCAACGAAAUAAAAGCUGAAAUCGAACGCGUCAAAAAUAGUAUUGAAAGUUUGAAAGAUGGCUUCAGGAUGCUUACUCGCGAGAAUAUGGAAGCAAAGUCUGCCAAAAAUAAACUCGCUACGAUCGAAAAGGUCGACUGCGAAAAGAAAAUUCACAAGAUCGAAUACAAAACACGCGAGCUCGUGAAUUAUUGGAUCGAAAUUCUCGGUCUUUCAACAUCAGAAUUCGAAAUUCGCCGCGUUCCGACUCCGCAGCCUAAUUCAAUGAUGAUGUCCAUGAUGCCGUCUAUUUACUUUGGAGCCGCUCCCGAGCCACUUCCAGAAGAGGAGCCCGAAGAGUUCCAGGCUUCGAUCGACCGUCAUAAAUUAAGACGAAUCAUUCAGUUGUCAAAUUUGAUUUCUUCAUUUGCAGGUCCGUAUUCCCGACCAUUGCCAAUCAGCGUCGGCCCAAAAACAUCGUCAAUUACGCUCGAUGAUGAACAGCUUGGAAUAGCAGUGAACAUGAAUUUGACUGUGACAUGCACAAAUCUUCCUCCUCAUCUUUGUUUUCUGUCGGCGGAGCUUGUCAACUCACUUCCGCAGAUUUCUGGAAACCUUCUCGAAAUCGAGAGCGAAAUCGCGGAGCAAUGGGAAGCACUGAACAUUACUGACUUGCCAGACUCGUUUUCCGAUAUGAACAUCCAGUCUGGGUACUUCUCCUCCAUCACGGGCUUCCUCGGAGCGUGGAAAAUCUAA